AUGACCAACUACACGCUAAAAGGCAAGGUAGCCCUCGUCACCGGCGCUGGGUCGGGUAUCGGACAUGCGACUACUGAGCUGCUCCUCAAAGCAGGUUGCUCUGUGAUGUUAGCCGAUUUGAAUCUCAGGCCCGAAGCCGAGUCGACAUUGAAUGCGUAUGCCCACUCGACAAGUCAGCCCGGAGCUCCGAGCGCCUUGUUCCAGAAAACCGAUGUCACAAACUGGGCUCAAAUCCAAAGCCUGUGGGACAAAACACUCGAAGACUUUGGUCGAGUCGACAUUGUUGCAAGCGUGGCGGGUGUUUAUGAGCCACCCUGGAGCAGCUUCUGGAAUGCGCCAGGCAUCUCGGCUGAAUCUCGCGAUCCUGCUGAUGCGACAGUCGGCCAAUACUCUACGAUAGCCGUGAACUAUGUGGCGCCUGUACGUUUGGCGCAGAUUGCCAUCGACUACUGGACUCAGCACCGCGAGAUCGAAGGUAACUUCUUGGCAGUGGCCAGUCUCGCGGGUUACCUGCACUCCAUCGAAACGCCCCUGUAUAUGUCAAGCAAAGCGGGACUCAUCAGCUUCGUGAAGUCAAUGGGCGCGCUUCGCGACAUCUGUGGGAUCAGAUUCGCUGCGUUGUGUCCCGGUGCAGUCCUUACUCCUAUAUUCGAACCCGAGUGGAACAAGAAAGUGACCGAAGAUGAUGUCACUCUUUCGCCCCAUGAGUGUGCUGAAGUCCUUUUGCGGGUGCUGCAAGAGCCCCAAUGGGGAAAUGGUAACAUCGUCGAGACGCAGAAGGUCGGUAGCAAGGACUCAUUUGAGAUCGACGUUCGUGGUGUCCAUAUGGAGGCUUUGUAUCCCAAACUGUUUGGACGUCCGAGCGAGAGGAGCAAACGAAAUUUGUUAGCUAGUUUCUUAGCUAUUGGUGCAAGGGCCUUUUCGCAACCUUACACCCCACAACCUCCACCUUACCGUCCAACCGAACUCCCCCACACCGCAACGUGA